UUGAGAACCAUGAUGCAUUUCUUUUUGGGCUCUACCUGUUUGCUGCUGUUUCUGCAGCAGGCACAAUCCAGGACAGAUGGCAGGACAACCUGCAAGCCAGUAACAGCCAGCUUCUGUCAAGGUUUGGGAUAUACUUCUACUCCCUACCCAAGCGGGGCCCAAGGGUUCAGCCUGUACCAAGUUGGCAAGAUGGUGGAGACCGCCUGCUCACCACAUAUCGCCACAGUCUUGUGUCGCGUUGUUGUACCUGAAUGCGGUUCAGAAAAUGAAAGCCAGAAGAAGCCAUGCCGAGCACUCUGCGACAAGGUCAAGAGGGAUUGUGAGUCUACUCUAAGAGCAAAGUGGUUGUUCUGGCCGUCAAGGCUCCGGUGUGACUCUUUACCCGUGUCUAACUGUGUGCAGGGUGAAGACACUUCUGUGACUGAAUCUCCCCCAGCAACAUGUGAGGCAAUCACUGUCCCUUUCUGCUUUGGCCUGCCUUACAACGAGACCAUUCUGCCAAAUAGACUAGGUCAUGAAAGCCAAGCUGCAGUAGGCCUGGAAAUACACCAGUUUGCACCCUUUGUGAAAGUGCAAUGCUCUCCUCACCUGAAGCCAUUCCUCUGCUCAGUCUACACACCAAAAUGUGUCUCAGCAAAACCCCAGCCACCCUGCAGAACACUUUGUGAACAGGCACGGUCUGAAUGUGCUCCAUUGUUGAGUACAUAUAACUUUCAGUGGCCCAAUUUCUUAAGGUGUGAAUCUUUUACUACAGAAUCGUGUGAAGAGCAAGUGCACUCUGGAAAAGAUGACAGUUCAAGCUGCAAGCCGCUAACAACCACCUUUUGCCAAAGUGUGGGAUACAAAACUACCCGUUAUCCAAAUGGAGUGCAGGGCUUCAGCGUCCAUCAGAUUGGCCAGAUUGUGCAGACGGGCUGUUCCCCACAUGUCAGUAUCCUAAUGUGUCGCGUCGUUGUGCCUGAAUGUGGUUCAGGAGAUGAAAGCCGAGUGAAACCAUGCCGGGCUCUUUGUGAAAAGGUCAAGAAGGAUUGUGAGCCCAUCUUAAGAACUAAACGACUCUCUUGGCCAACAACGCUUCGGUGUGAAAGUCUCCCACUGACUAACUGUGUUCAGGGUCCACCUGCCCCUGUUACCCAAGCCCCACCAGGAACAUGUCAGCCAAUCACAGUCCCUAUUUGUGAAGAUGUGUCUUAUACAAACACUAUUCUGCCCAACAUUCUAGGCCACAAAUCCCAACAAGAGGCAGGCCUGGCAAUUAAUCAGUUUCUCCCACUUAUAAAGGUUGAAUGCUCUCCUCACCUGAAGCCCUUCUUGUGCUCAGCCUACAUACCUAAAUGUGUGUUAGGAAGACCCCAGGCUCCCUGCAGGACCCUGUGUGAAAAGGCACGCUCAGGCUGUGGGAGACUGAUGAGCACCUUUGGUUUACCAUGGCCUGAAUCCUUAAAGUGUGAGUCCUAUACCACAGAGUCAUGCGAAGAGUCUCCUAUCGUUCAUGGAACAUGUCAGACCAUGACUGCUCCUUUCUGCAAAGACAUGUCUUAUACAGAAGUAUUUCUGCCCAACAUGCUUGCCCACAAAACUCAGGACGAGGCAAAUCUGGCGCUAGAUCACUUUACGCCUCUUGUGCAGCUUGAAUGCUCUGCUCAUCUGAAGCCUUUCCUGUGCUCUGUCUACCUUCCCAAAUGUGAGUCUGGGAAGGACCUGAGUCCCUGCAGGACGCUCUGUGAGAAGGCUCGAUCCGGCUGUGAGCCACUGAUGAACAGGUUUGGCUUAAACUGGCCUGAAAACCUGAAAUGUGAAGCGUUUACCACAGAGUCAUGUGAACAGUAUGGAAUGAGAAGCAGUGACAGGAUGUGUGAGGCCAUCACCAUACCCAUGUGCCAGGGCCUGUCCUACAACCAGACCAUCGUCCCUAAUCUUCUAGGCCACACAAGUCAACGGGAGGCCGUCAUGAAGAUGUCUUUCUUCAGCUCUAUUGUGCAGACUGUCUGCUCAGUGGACAUACAGCUGUUUCUGUGCCGGGUGUACGCCCCGGAGUGUGUGGAGGGCCAAGUCCUGCGUCCCUGCAGGUCAUUCUGUGAAAAAGCCAGAAGGAACUGUGAGGGUUUCAUGAACAGUUUUGGAGUCUCCUGGCCAAAUGAGCUGCAAUGUCAUGCAUUCCCUGAGGAAUCAUGCAUAGCUGAAGAGAACACAAAGGAGAUGCUGAGAGACAAAGAGGUUCUUGCUAAGCUGAAUAGUGGUGGCUACACAGUCCGCGGCGAAUCUCUUACUCUCAAGACUGCACACCUGCUGUUGGUACUGAUGGAUGCAGAUAAAACUGGAGACCUGGAUGUGGUAGAGUUUUUCAAACUGGAGCACUAUGUGGCUGCAAUCAGGAGAGAAUAUGUGGGAAACUAUGAGAGCAGGGGUCCAUCUGCUGUCACACAAACCCAAAUGAAAAAGGUGGUUGCUUCCCAUGAUUUCAAUUUAGAUGAGGCAACCUUCAGAGCACUUUGGCUUGAAUACGGCUCCCAUGGUGGAGUUAACUAUGACAGUUAUGUUGCAGCCCUGACAAAACUUAAAAUCCUUAAAGAUCGCUUCCAGGCUCAUCUGCUGAAUCUCUCAUGUGACUGCAGGGUUGCAAGCUUCUCAUUCAACCAGUUCAUGAAAGCUGCCAUAAUCUGAAGAUCAGCAGAACUCAUCAAACUUCAUAGCACCUCAGUAGAUUUGAAAUAAAGCAUGUAAAAUAUUGUAUCGUAA